AUGAAUGCAAUUGUGUCUCUCGUGCACUUUUGCGAAGCUGACGGCCCUAGCGUGAUAUUUUGUACUCAAGCUUUUCACGAUAACGCUGCAGAAGACGUUGAGGAAUGUCUUUCCGCUAGCAAUGGCAGGAGUUCACCAGUUCCUGCCCGAACUAUCCUAGAAAAAGAAAAUGGCACUCUUUCUAAUAAAAAGGAUUUGUUGAAUGCCGUUAGAUCAGGGCCAGCUUCUUGUGCUUCUUGUGCCUUUUCGUUGCCACCUCCUGACACUUUAGGUGAUAUAAAAGUGCUUAACUAUUCUGAAAAAAAGGGUUUCAAAACUGAGGAUGACGAAAACCCUUUAAUCACGUAUGUUGGUUCUCGAUAUCCACAACAUCCGCAGUUAUAUUCUGCGGUGCGACAAGCAUGUGUCAGAAGCUUAAGUUGUGAAUUCUGCCAAGGUAGAGAGGGUCCUGUGUUAUUUGGUGAUGAUAAAAAUGGCUAUGUCCUUAGUUAUAUGUUCAAGAUUAGGGAUAGUCAAGCCAGAGGAUUUCAGCGAUUGUAUAGUUUUAUUUUCUUGAUGACUGAUCGUAUAUAUUUGGUUGCUUCUUGGCCAUUCCUUGUUAGUAAAUUUAAAUCAUUGGCGACUGAUCUUCAACUGAAGGCUAGUCAAAUAUUUGAGAAGGAAGGCUCCACACUCUCACCUUCAUCACCAGAUCAAUAUCUUAGACGUAGAACGAAUCAACCUUUGAGGUCAUUAGUAGAUUUACUAAAGACAAAGGAUUUGUUUGUUUAUAUUCACGCUAAUUUCAGUUGGAUUCUGAAAGCCUGUGGCAGACGCUUGCAAGAAAAGCACGUAAAUGAUCAGACAUUGUUCCCCAAUACAUCUUUUCUUUCACAGCAUUCAGUGUUCCAUACCCCUACUGAGAGUAAUGUGGAUAAUAAAAUCCCCUCUAAUUCAAUGAAGGAAUCAAGCACCUGGAUUGAAAAUUUGAAAUCUUUACAAGACAUGUUGGGUGUUGUGAAUUUUAGGAAAUUGAUUUUAAAUUUUAUUAGAGGCAACCAAUUAAUCAUUUGUGGUUCAGAUUCGAAGAUUAUUAAAUCUAUUGUUUCAAUAAUUAAAGAUUUAGUGUCAAAUGGUUGUUCGGUGAUGGAAAAUGGGACUGACUACCAGCCGAUAACAAAAUGUAAUAUAUUGUGUAUACCUACAUCCACAAAAAUACCUAGCGAAAUGAAUUUCCUUAACAUAUUCUUACAUAUAUAUAAUAUUCCAUCCAAAGAUGAAGAUAGCAACAAGACAAUUAGAUUCAACUUAGAAAAUGGCAUUGACGAACAUACCAUUGGAAUUGUAAAUGUCAACAAAUCUUAUUCACCGCCUAAUUUAUACAUCAACCAAUUAUCUGAAAUAUUGAACCUUAAUUUAUCUCCCGAACUAAUGAAUAUGCGAUUAGAAAUGUUUAAAGAAGAAUGGUCAAGCAAAGUGAAACAAUAUCUUAGAUUUAUCAUAGAUGGAGAUAACAUAGAUCCCGGCGUUGAUAAACCUGUCAAUGGUCUUAUAAUCAGUAAUUCGCUUAGACAACUGGAACUGAUUAGAUAUCUAGACGUUAAUGAAAUUGAUCUGCCCACUUUGAAAUUUUUAUCAGAUUGUUUAAAAAAUGCUUAA